AUCAUCAACAGUUCACAUCGAUGGAUUCUUCCUGUUCUCCAAUGGGUAGUGCCAACAGUAUAUUCAAUCCCACUUCUCCUCUUCAGUAAUGCCACUUUUGUGAGUUCACAGGACAUGGAGGUGCUGGCUGAAAGACAAAGUAUAACGAUUGCUACGUCAAUGACAGCUCUUUUCGUCUCCAUCACUUUCAUACUGUGCAGCUUAUGCUAUGGAACCAUAUUGAGAUUUCUGAUCAAAAACCGGAAGAGUAGCAGCGUGGCAAUGAAGCGAGAGCGUCGACUGUGUGUACAGUUUUUGGGCCUUUUUGUCGGCUUCGCACUCUUUGUCGUUUUUUACAGUUUGCAAUUCACUUUCUCGCUCCAAUCCAAUGUAAGUGACAUGACAACUACAGCAUGUGUGAUGACCCUAAAUCAAUUUACACCUUCCCCAUAG